CGCCCAUACUAUUCAUCUCCCUUAUCCUCUCUCUCUCUCUCUCUCUCUCUCUCUCUCUCUUUCUGGUCUCCCAUCUUCUUCUCUCCCCAUAUUCCUUUCUAGUCAUCAAAGAUCGAGUGACCUACCAAUUUGAGCAAGUCCGGUGUUUGUGAAAAUCUUCCCAACUCUGGGAGAGAAUUUGUGGUGCCCUACAACAUCCGCAAGGAGCAUGCACCUUCAUCGGUCGAUCGUUCCUUCCCGACUCCCGUGGCCACAAAUCCAUCGCUUUGAGCUUUGAGCUUUCAGUUGGCCAUGCCCUACCAAACCCCAUAAAAUAGUAACCCCCAUCUUCUGAAAUACAUGUCAACCUCAUUGCCCUUCGACAAUCCCCAACCCUAGCUACCUAGCUAGCUAGCUACUUGCCUCUUCUUUAGUUCUAUCUAAAUUAAAAGCCUUGCGUCGUGCAGAAAACUGAUUGAUGCAGGCCGUUCUUUGCUUACUUUCAGUGCGAUCUGAUUUUUGAUUCAGUGAUCUCGAGUUCAGUGAUAGAAUCAUGGAAGGAGAAACCGGUGGAUCGUCGAGGCGGCCCAGCUUCCCUCUGCAACUGCUGGAGAAGAAGGAGGAAUUAGAUUCCUGCAGCUCCAGCUCAGCUUAUCCUUCCAUGGUUAUCGCCUCCACCUCCGCCGCGGCUGACCUGACGGCGGUGGCGGAUCGGAAGCCGCCCCCCAAGCGGAACUCCAACAAGGACCGGCACACCAAGGUGGAGGGACGCGGGCGACGCAUCCGCAUGCCCGCCCUCUGCGCGGCCCGCGUCUUCCAGCUCACCCGCGAGCUCGGGCACAAGACCGACGGCGAGACGAUUGAGUGGCUGCUCCAGCAAGCUGAGCCCGCCGUCAUCGCGGCCACUGGGACAGGCACCAUCCCCGCCAACUUCACCUCGCUCAACAUCUCCCUCCGCAGCUCCGGCGCCACCGUCUCCGCCCCGUCCCACCUCCUCGCCGCCAACUACUUUAACUCCGUGUCCGCGGCGGGAUCCCUCCCCGGCCACUACACCUGGGACCGCGCCGGCAGCGGCGGCUCCUCUUUCCCCUUAGAAGGGCCCUCCACGUCCUCCUCCGUGCUGCUCAACUUCAAUUCAUGUAGCAUCGGCCUCGACGCGUCGUCGGUAGAGGCCGAUAUCGGAAACCUGAGAAAGCGGCGGUGGGAGUCCGAGAUCCAUCAGCAGCAGCAGCAGCAGCGGCAAUCACAGAUGGCAGGCUACGGCCAGAUAUCAAGCCAUGGCGGCCAAAUGCCAAGUGGAACCGUCUGGAUGGUCACCAACCCUAACUCCCAACAACAACAAGAUCAUACAGUUGGCGGCGGCGGCGGCGGUAGCCAGCAGUCCAUUUGGACAUUCCCUCAAAUGGUUGGCGGCAGCAGCAGCUCCAUGUUUAGAGGAUCCACCGGCCUCCACUUCAUGAACUUCCCACCCACUCCCAUGGCCCUCCUCCCAAGUCAACAACUAGGUCUCUCCACCGCCGGUGAACCCCACAGGAGCUUCUCCACUCCUUCUGCCCCCGACAUCUACCGCACACGGUCAUCCGGCUCCGAGACGGCGUCAACAUCAUCCGUGUCUGGCCACCACCACCGCCACCACCACCACAAAAUCGAUCGCAACGACACGAUGAGCACCAGCGAUUCCUGAUUAAUGAUCGAUCGAUGACAAAAAAUAGCAGUCCAGAUAAUAUCAUCCUCCCUAUGUUUCAACACUGAUCAUCCCCCGCCCCGUGCCUUCCGAAAUUGAGCGAGUUAAUGAAUGAGAGAUUUAAAGGAAGAGUGCGAUGGCUGAGUUCAACAGUGUAGAAUGACUCAAGACUGCAUGGAGAAGGAGAUGAGGUUGCUGUUCAUUGGAGGAUGGUGGUGAGAUCAGAAAACUCAUGAGUUACAGCAUGUCAACUUCAGCAUCCAACUCAGAGACUGAUUCCUUCAAUGAUUGCAGGAUGUAUAUUUUAAUUUAGUUUCAUAUCAUACAUAUUCAAAUAUAUAUUUGGUAUAUAUAUAAAGUCACAAAAGCCAAUAAAUUUACAGCACUUGUCCAUAACUUCUGCUGAUCUGCCUUAAUGACCAA